AUGCACUCACUGAUGCACACAAUGAGGUCCUUGUUCCAGCUGAUGCUCGUAGCCAUUGUGAACCCGGCCGAGAUCAGCCCAGGCGCCAUCUUAUCGGUGAACGAACAUCAUAAGACAGCUGGACUGGAUUUGCGACUGGGCGAUGACGCCUUGGUCAGGAUUUUCUGUGAUUUAUUCGUGCUGCCCAAAAACUGGCCACGAAACAUACCAGCCGAAUGUGUAAGGCACGCACCAACCGACCGGACUCACUUCGCUGCCGAGUUCUCAGUGCAGCAACUGCAGUUGCAGCUUGGCCCAGUUUCGACCGACUGCGACCAUAUUUCCAGUUGUUCGAAACCCGAGUGA